AUGACGACAUCUGAUGAACAACCAUCCUCCUCAACCAAUCCAAAUCAUGUCUCAUUACACCCUGCAUAUUCUGCCAUAGCCUACCGCGUCUUGGACCAUAUCGACACCACACCACCACCAAAAUCCAAGGAUCCAGCCUAUCCUGUUUGGAAAAAACUAGAUGCCUUGGUCUCUCAAUGGAUCUAUAGCACUGUUUCGGAUGAUCUGCUCACUCGCAUUCUUGAUACAGAAGCCACAGCCCAUGCCACAUGGCUCAAACUUGAAAAGAUUUUCUUAAGCAAUAAACAAGCCAGAGCCGCUGCACUUGAAACUCGGUUUGUUAACCUCACCUUAGCAACCUGCGACUCAGUAGAUGACUACUGCACUUGA